AUGAAAUCUUUCUAUUUAUUCGCAAUUUUAAUCAUCUGUCAAGCUAGUGAUGAUCUGUACCAAAUAACUCUAAUGAGUUAUAAUGUCAUGCUCUUACCAAGUAUCCUUGUGUUCGAACGUGACCAAAUAACACGUGCUCAUCUUUUAACAAAAGCAAAAUUCCUUCAUACAAGUGACAUCCUUUGUUUACAAGAAGUGUUUGAGAAUAAGCCAAGUGAGAUUCUUCUCGAUUCAUUAAUGAAAACAUAUUCAUACAGCACACCUAUACUUGGCAAUGAUGAAGACAGAGAUGAAUGGAAUGAUAUCUGGAAUGAUCACAUUAGUUCGAAUCCAUUGAAAUUCGUUAGUGGUGGUGUAACUAUUCUGAGUAAAUGGCCAAUUAUCUAUGCCGGACAAUAUUUUUAUAAACAUGCCUGCAGUGCGCAUACGUUUGUUCGAACUGGUUUUGUCUAUACGAAGAUUCUAUAUAAGAAGAAACUGAACUUUACAAUUCACGUAUUUGGCACGCAUCUACAACCGAAUGAUCAUCGUGGUUGUUAUUUAUAUGGCGAAGAUAAAAUCCGUGAGAAGCAAAUGAUGGAGUUACAUGAAUUUAUUCAAUCGAGAAAUAUUUCACAAGACGAACUGGUUUUCAUUCUUGGAGAUAUGAAUAUUAAUAAAUAUCAUUCAAAACAGUAUGAAACAAUGUUGGAAAUUUUAAACGUCACUCCACAGUAUCUGCAUUCAUCCAGCGUUCCUUGCAGUUGGGACAGUUCAUACAAUGCAAUGACGAAUUCGAAACACGACAAUCAACUAUUGGAUUAUAUUUUUCUUCGUAAAGAUCAUACGCCUAAAGAUUCGCUUUGGUACAAUUCAAUAACUGAUCGGCUAGCAUCGAAACAGUGGCAUUUACUUGGACGAAACCAUUCAUUUUAUAACGUAAGAAAUAUUCCUCUCUUAGAAUUAUCCGAUCACUAUCCAGUUCUUGGUUUCUUUCGUCAAACUCAACACCAAUGGUCACAAAGACAAUCAGGUGUGAUAACUUAUGUCAAAUUCGUUACUGCUGAUACGAAUCUACCUGUGAUUAUUGUUGAUCGAGAACUUCGCAUUGCAACAUCACAGAAUGAAACAGGUGCAUUGUUUCUUGUAACAAACAACGGUACACCACGUCGACAUCGAUGUUUAAGAUCUGAGCAAUAUGUUCUUCUAAUCGAUGGUCAUAAGUCAAACUUUUACUUAUCCAAUGAAAAAGUUCUUCGAAUGAAAUACGGAAAAGAACAAGUUAAUCGUUAUUUAAAAAUUAUCCAACUCGACCAUCAUUCGACAUGUAUUCGAACGAAUUCAACCAUUGUUUUUCAAUCCCGUUCACCAACCGGCAAUUUUUAUAUUAAAAGCCAUUCGGCACAUCUUUGUUUUUGCACAGAUGACCGCCAGCAAGCACAAUUAUUUCGUUUCAUUGAAAUCGAACGCAAGAAUAUCAGUUGCCAUAUCACAUCUGAGAAGUAA